AUGAAUAUGCUCGAUUUUACUUACUCUGGGAUUUUUUUAAACAGCACCGAGGACGAUAGGGGUGGCCCAAUGCGGGAAAUGUUGACUUUGACUAUGAACCAUAUUGUAGGAUCCCAUCUGUUAGAUGGUACUUCAACUACCAAGUUUCUUACAUGCAUUAGUAAAUCUGUUGAUGAAAAUGAAUAUUAUUUGGUAGGCCAAAUAAUUGCUAUGUCAUUGGUCCAUGGAGGUCCUGCACCCCACUGUUUUGCAGACCAUUUUUUCAAUGUAAUAGUACAUGGAACUGAGUCGGUAAAACCUACAACAGAAGAUCUUCCGGUAGGUUCUGCAGUGAAAGAAGAUUUGCUCAAACUGAGGAAUGUUAACGUUGAAGAAGCAAACAGUGUUAUAAGCGGAACGCUAGAAAAUCUACUAGAACUUACAGGUAUAUGGAAACACAUUCAAAGUGAAGAUGACAAGGAAAACGUUAUUCGGGACACUAUCAAAUGGUACUUAUUUGGGAGAACAAAAACAGCAGUAGACCAAUUCAAGAAUGGUCUUUCUACCCUUGGUGUAUUGGCAGCAAUCCAAGAGUAUCCCUUUGUCUUCAAGCCAUCAUUUUGUUAUGAGGCUGUACCACUCACUGCUGCGACAUUUGCAGUAUCCGAGAAGGUUGUUAUUACAAGAAGUGAAAAUGAAUCAAAUGCAUAUAAUGUAGAAAGCAGAGUACUUGCCCACUGGGCAGAUUUUCUACAAGAUGUUGAAGAAAGUGAAUCUCAGCUAACUCUUGCACAACUUCUUAUGUUCAGCACAGGCUGUUGUGAGUUUGUUUUCGGUUUGCAACUGGGAGUACAAUUCCGUCAUGAGAAAGAAGCAAAUGAAAUGCAUUCAAAGUUUCCAAAGGCCAAUACUUGUGCUGGUAUUCUUAGCUUACCAGUUGUUCACAAUACAUACGAUGAAUUCAAAAAUGCUAUGGAAUUUGGUCUUGCAAACGCCAAAGGUUUUAGUUAUGCCUAA